AUGCGAUCGAUGAGAGCACCUCUGGGAAGCAUCGAUACGCGCCUGAGAAUGACCGACUCUCUCCCGGACGGCUGUCCCUCCCCCUUCUUCGCGUCUGUCAUCGCAUUUGAUGACCUGCCGCAGCGUGAUAUUCUGCCACUUGACGACCCGGGAUUUCCUGAACCCAAGCUGAAGCAGACAGUGCAAUUCGCAUCUAACGAGUCUUACAAGGCGGUUUACGGGCGAGACUCUGGAAAACGGUACCCUCGACUGGAGUUGGACGUCGCCAUGGAUAAGUAUCACUUGCUGGAUGGCUUCGCCGAGACUGGGAACCCACAGAAUACCCCAGCCUCCAACAGCGGAGGUGAUAGCCCUAAAGACCCAGGCCGAUAUGUCGACACCCAGAGUCUGCGCACCAGUUCCGCACCGCAGUUACAACCGUUGGCUUUCGAGUGGCUCGAUGGCAAGUCAGAGGAAGACCGGGCAUACUUCGACGGCGAAAAAACAGACAACAGGGCCCUGACCUUGAAACGCCGAUUCCCAGUUGAUGAUGAUCCACGCUCGUCUUCCACAUUGAUCCCUUUGCAGGAUAUGCAUCAAACCACCGACCCCGAUUCUAGCGAGAAACUCGAAGGCACUACUCCGCCUACGCGUUGCGUUCGGUUCUCUCCGCCAACCGAGCCUUCUCCCAAUCAGUAUUCGCCUCGCUCAAACCGUCCAAUCCCUACAGUGGAGCGAAAGGUUGACUACAUUGCCUCACACCGUCAGCAGAAGCAAUUUGAGAAGUGGAGAGGCCCAAACCGUGCUCUUGCUCAGCGAGUCUCCCCCUACCGCAGCCUACCAAAGGUGGCAAAGGUGCUGGAGCAACCCCUGGACCGACAGCCCGAGAUUCGCUUCUUCUCUCUUUCCCCUUUACCAUACCAUCAAGGAGAUCCGACAGAUUCGGCUAAUCAAAUCAACCCAAGUCAGGACAGUCUUGUAUACAGAGUCCCAGAGAAUGCGAAAGCUGUUACAACUGACGCGGCAGAUGUCAACGAUGGCACCCCAUCUCAUCAAAUGUCUGACCUCGUUGCCUUGUCCUUCUCUAUUUAUCGAAUCCGGCACCCUGGAAAGCGGUCAGCUCGAGCUAUGAGCGCAAAUGUGUUCCAGGUACAGAUGACCUCGACACCCUUCCCAGCAAGUACCUCAACCCGGGAAGGAGAGGAGGCGAAGCAUGUUGUGAGUCGCAUGGCGCUCGAAGAUCUGGUGUUUCAUACCUAUGUCGUCGUGCCCGCCUUGAUUACACGCAUUCCUGUCAUGAUUUGGUCCAUGGUAAAACGGGUCGGAGACUCACGGAUCGGCACAAUCAUCCUUUACCUGGAAAAGAUGUUCUGGUCAGUGGUCAUUGCACUUUUCCUUGCUAUACUGGCCAAGAUGCGCCGAUCUGGGUCCGGAUUCCGUACCGCGAGAGCCUAG